UGGUAGGUGUAGUGUAUGACUGUAGUUGGCAAAGCGAAUAAAUAAUAGGCAGUUGGCAUCAAACGGGAUUGGGAUUUGGAAAAAUGGCAUUGCAAUUGCGAAGCGGCAGCGUCUUCCUCUCGCAAUGUUGGCCGCAGCUCUGGUGCGAUGACGUCAAUAAUAAUAGCAAGAGGAAUGGGCGGUUCGUAUUGCCGGCAGUGGGCAAGGGGAGAGCGCGAUUCAGCGGCCUUGUCCAUUGCAGCAGCAGCAGCAGCAGCAGUAAUAGCAGCGGCGAUGCUAAAAAGGGAGUCCCUAAUUCGAACUACGUGGUGCCUCUGGACAAGUCCUUUUCGCCCUCCAACUCCUCCUGCAUCACUCGCCCUCUGGUUGAAAUUCUGCGCGAUCUCAACAAGCGUAUCCCUGAUAACAUCAUCAAGCCUCCUUCCAACUCUUCCACCUUUCUCCCCUGGUACCAUGCCAAUCGCAUGUUGAGCUUCUAUGCCCCUGGAUGGUGCGGAGAAGUACGUGAUGUUAUAUUCGCUGAGAAUGGAACCAUCACUGUUGUAUACCGACUCACGAUUCGAGGAUCUGACGGAGAGGCACAUCGUGAGUCCACUGGCACGGUAUCAUCCAGCGACAUUAACAUCGUAGAUCCCGUUGCUGCAGCGGAAGAAAUAGCUUUCUGCAGGGCAUGUGCACGAUUUGGUCUUGGUUUGUACCUUUAUCAUGAAGAAUAGAUGCUACAGAGAGCAUGGAGGGUGACCUUCCAAAUAUGUCUAGUUCUUUAACUAUUUGUUUGAGAACUUGGUUGUCCUUUUAAAUUUCUGCUUUCCUUGAUGUAAAUAAUCAGGUUUAUGAGAUUAUGCAGUAUGGUAUGUGGAAAACCAAAUGUUUCAGUCGAUCAAAUUUUGAUGGACCAAUCGCUCAACAGCUUUUCAACAUAAGAUGGCGAUUACUGAGAAAAAUAGUUGCCAUUAACUGUAGUCCUGUAAUUUUUGUUUUAUUAGAUUGCAUCCUGAAAUAAAGGAAUC